CACCCCAGUCUUCGAAUCACUGUCCCCAAUUCCCUUUUCUUUGCAUCCGCAGGCCGGCUUUUUUCUGUUCAUUUCUUUCUUGAAGCGACGUCCCGACAACCCCAUCAUCAGCUUUUCUCAAAACCAACCCAGUCUGAGGAAAAAUGAGCAGUGACGGAAAUGAAAAUGGAGCUGAAACAUCUCCACAAAGGCGAGCUCCACGUCUGAAUGAGCGAAUACUCUCAUCUUUGUCAAGGAGAUCGGUGGCUGCUCAUCCUUGGCACGAUCUUGAGAUCGGGCCCGGGGCUCCUCAAAUUUUCAACGUUGUUAUUGAGAUAACAAAGGGAAGCAAAGUCAAGUACGAACUUGACAAGAAAACUGGUCUGAUCAAGGUGGAUCGUAUCUUGUAUUCAUCAGUGGUCUAUCCUCACAACUAUGGCUUCAUUCCGAGAACGCUGUGUGAAGAUAAUGAUCCAAUGGAUGUAUUAGUUCUAAUGCAGGAACCUGUUCUCCCUGGUUGCUUUCUUCGAGCAAGGGCCGUGGGCCUGAUGCCCAUGAUUGAUCAGGGAGAGAAGGAUGAUAAGAUUAUUGCAGUAUGUGCUGAUGAUCCAGAGUAUCGGCACUACACAGAUAUCAAUCAGCUUCCCCCCCAUCGUCUUGCUGAAAUCCGUCGAUUUUUUGAGGACUACAAGAAGAAUGAGAACAAGGAGGUUGCAGUGAAUGAGUUUCUGCCUGCUGCUACAGCUGUUGAUGCCAUGCAAUACUCCAUGGACCUCUAUGCUGAGUACAUACUGCAAACAUUGAGGAAGUAGAUGAAAUAGCAUGGCGUUCUUCACUACUUCUCCGUACUGCUAAUGCCUGAAGCAAAAGGCAUGGUAUCCUCAAUUUGAGAGGAUAUAGGAUAUUUGAUUUUCAACUAUGUAGACAUUUGAUUUGUUUCAAUGUUAGACGAACUGAACAUAAUAUUCGGGUUGGUUUAUUUUGUUUGAACUCUGAAUGUUAUUUUGAAGUUUAAAGUUUGCGAUUGUUAAACGAGGAGCUGAGUUUUACACCGUUUACAUGCCGACUUUGGUACUC